UUUUUAUUAGUUUCUUUUCCACUUUCAAUGGUUGCCUUCCACAACGCUAAAACAGAGUCAAUGGCCGUCUUUUCGCCACAGAAGAAGAAGAAAAUCACUUCUCUUGCUUACGAAACCCAUCAUGAAGAUAAUGAUGAUCUCAACCACCUUCUUCAUAAUAAUCCUUAUCUCAUCAUCUUCCUCUUACGCAGAAGACGACGUGCUCUGUCUCAAAGGCCUCAAAAACUCACUCACCGAUCCUUCAGGCCGACUCAGCAACUGGUCUUUCCCCAACUCUUCGUCUUCCUCAAUCUGCAAACUCACCGGAGUCUCUUGCUGGAACGCCAAGGAGAAUCGCAUUCUCUCCCUCCAUCUCCCCUCGAUGCAACUCGCCGGCAAGAUUCCAGAAUCUCUCAAGCUUUGCCGCAGCUUACAAUCCUUAGACCUCUCCGGCAACGACAUCUCCGGCGAGAUUCCUCCCGAGAUCUGCUCGUGGCUUCCUUACCUCGUCACGUUAGACCUCUCCGGUAACAAACUCUCCGGAGAAAUACCGUCCGAGAUCGUUAACUGCAAAUUCUUGAACGGUUUGGCUCUUAACGAGAAUAAGCUAACCGGUCCGGUUCCUUUUCAGUUAACCCGGUUAGACCGGCUCCAGCGUCUUUCUCUCUCCGACAACGAUCUCUCCGGUUCGAUACCCGCCGAUCUCUCCCGUUUUGGAGAAAACGGGUUUACCGGAAAUAACGGACUCUGCGGGAAGCCGUUAUCUACUUGCGGAACGUUGAACGGUGAAAACGUAACGGUCAUUGUCAUCGCGGGCGUAACGGGAGCUGUCGGGUCGUUGUGCGUCGGGUUCGCCGUGUUCUGGUGGUUUUUUAUCAGAGACGCGAGGAGGAAGAACGGUUACGGCGCCGGAGAGUCUAAAGACGAUGGUGAUUGGAUCGGUGUGUUGAAGUCGCAUAAGCUCGUUCAGGUGGCUCUGUUUCAGAAACCUAUCGUGAAGAUCAGAUUGGUUGAUUUGAUUGUUGCUACGGAUAGUUUCGGUUCCGACAAUGUCCUUGUCUCGUCGAGAACUGGUGUUUCUUACAAAGCUGAUUUGCCUGAUGGGUCUGCACUUGAGGUCAAGAGGCUUAGCUGUGGGUAUGAGGUUGGUGAGAAGCUGUUUAAGUCGGAGGUGAACAGGUUGGGUCAGAUCAGGCAUCCGAAUCUGGUUCCGCUUCUCGGGUUCUGCGUUGUGGAGGACGAGAGGUUGUUGGUGUAUAAGCACAUGGCUAACGGGACGUUGAACUCUCGGUUGCAAGGUUUGGAUUGGCCGGGUCGGGUUAGGAUCAGUGUUGGAGCGGCUAGAGGGCUAGCGUGGCUGCACCAUGGGUGUGAACAUGCGUAUUUGCAUCAGUACAUUAGCUCGAAUGUGAUUCUUCUAGAUGAAGACUAUGAUGCUCGUGUUAUAGACUAUGGUUUGGGGAAGCUAGUGAGUUCUACUCGGGACUCUAACGAUAGCUCGUUUAGUAAUGGAGAUUUUGGGGAGGUGGGUUACGUUGCGCCUGAGUAUGCGAGCACUAUGGUUGCGUCAUUGAGUGGGGAUGUGUACGCGUUUGGGGUUGUGCUUCUAGAGAUUGUUACGGGACAGAAGCCGCUUUCGAUUAACAAUGGUGAAGAUGGGUUUAAUGGGAGUUUAGUGGAUUGGGUGAAUAGGCAUUUGAGUGACGGUAGAGGCAAAGAUGUGGUUGAUAGAUGUGUGAUUGGUAAAGGAUAUGAUGAUGAGAUGAUGCAGUUUUUGAGAAUCGCGUGUAGCUGUGUUGUCAUGAGGCCUAAAGAAAGACCAUUGAUGGUACAAGUUUAUGAGUCUUUAAAGAAGUUGGGAGAUCAGUAUGGUUUCUUCUCAGAGCAUAGUGAUGAGUUUCCACUAAUCUUUAACAAACAAGAACACUAAGUUAAAACUUUACCUGUGCUGUGAGUAUGAUGACUAUGCUGCUGCUUUGUAAAGUACAAGGAUCAUGCACUCUUUACUCAAUUCUUUACCACAUACUUACCCUAAAGUUUUUCACUUUCAUCUGUGUUUUUUUUGGUUGUGUUGUAUAUUUUCUCUUCUCUACAUCCUGUGAUGCAUGAAUGUACACUAUGGGAUGGUUGUAAGUUGUAACUUGUAAUAAAAUGGAUUUUGUGUCUUAA